UUGGGGGAGGAUCCUAGCUGGGAGUGAACCGGAAGUGUAAGCGCUCUUGCUUCUCUUCGGCCAGGCGGAACCUGCUCUGCUGGGCCCGGUGGCCGCAAAAGAACUUUCUAUCUCCCGCCCCAACGGUCGCCGCGGCCAACUGCCUCGCCCGCCUGGCAGCCUUUCCCGCCUUCUCUUCCCUUCGGCUCCGCGCGGCCCUGUCUCCCUCUCGCCCCGCGGUAUCCGCUUGCUGCUGCCACCGCCUCCUCGUCUUCUGCCCGGCCGAGCGGCCCGCCCCGCUGCAGUGAUGUGCGACAAGGAGUUCAUGUGGGCCCUGAAAAACGGAGACUUGGAUGAGGUGAAAGACUAUGUGGCCAAGGGAGAAGAUGUCAACCGGACACUAGAAGGUGGAAGGAAGCCUCUUCAUUAUGCAGCAGAUUGUGGGCAGCUUGAAAUCCUGGAAUUUCUGCUGCUGAAAGGAGCAGAUAUUAAUGCUCCGGAUAAACAUCAUAUUACCCCUCUUCUGUCUGCUGUCUAUGAAGGUCAUGUUUCCUGUGUGAAAUUGCUUCUGUCAAAGGGUGCUGAUAAGUCUGUGAAAGGUCCAGAUGGACUAACUGCCUUUGAAGCCACUGACAACCAGGCAAUCAAAGCUCUUCUUCAGUGAUGGACGGAUGGGCUGACAGCUCUGGAAGAAGGGCUCUCCUGUGGCCUCACACUGCUGCCUGUCUGUCUGUCACUCUCUAUCUGCCAGCUUCUUCAGCUAAAUACUUUACGAGGGGUGAGGGGAGAGAGAAAUUCAUAACAAAUCAGACUACCAGAAAAAAACAUGUUUUGGAAGAGAGGAGAAAACCGUGAUCAGGCUUUUACUCGGAUUCCUGAUCAAGUCCGUCUCUUUUCCAUUUCCAACAAAAUAUACCGCUCAUUCCCAAGGGAGAGCCAAGACAAAAUACGCCAGUAACAUUUGACCUUUUCAGCUCCCUAGCUAGUUUAUUCAUUAGGUUGUGUCGAGGGUCUGACUAUCCCGAGGCCAGCUCUCCGUGUGUGCAGCCCUAACUGUGCGAGCAGCGGCGGCUGCUGAGACGUAACUCUGGGUGCUGAGAUCAGCAAUCGGCUCUAGCCUUCUGCCUUAAGACGCACUCUCCUGGGGGCCUCCUGGCGGAGUUCAGAGCGCUGCCCGUGGUCGGCGACCAAAUCUUCCCUCGGCGACUUUCAGCUUUACGUGGGAGCUCAGUUAAGGUGAGGGGGCACACUCCUAAAUUGCUGGAUGACUCAACUUUGGAUUUCCUCUCCCCUUUCACAUGGGUGUCAUGUGUCUUUAGAUAAAACUGACUAGUUUUAUUUAUAAAAUCUUAAAUUUUGGAAGCCUAAAGGAGAAAUCAUUCCAGUGUGCAUAUUUUUUUUUCUCCUCUAGAUUCAGACGUUUUUAGAGCAUUCAAACACUUUCAAACUCCUGCUGGUAGUAAAAGGGGAUUUAAACAUAGAGUCAUAGCCAUAGCCUGUGAGUGUCAUGCAGAGGACAGUUGUCUUAGUACCUACGGAUUUUCUUCAUUUGCUCUUUGAAUGGAUUGGCCUCGGUUAUGUUUGGAGAAUCCAGGAACAUUCUUUGGAAAUCCUCUCUCAGACCCACCUUGGAUGCUGAUUGCUCACUGCACCAAAGCUGUCACUGGGGUGAGAUUUACGAUCUGGACAAGUUGAGCCCCGUCCCUUCAAAAAUACGCUUGUUACCAGGUUUCCCCAAGUUGUCGAUAGGCUUCUGCUGAACAUCUGCCAACCCACCUACAUGAUCUAUUUUUGUUUUCUAAACCAUUCAUCACAUUAAGUGUGACAUCUGCAAAAUGUAUUCCAUGUUCUUAAAAUGCAGUGCCCUAAAAUGGGUGUUAAGACCUGCAGGAAGUAUUCAGACACAUGUUCCAAGGUUUAUUCCAUGAGCAGUGCAAGUAAUUAAAACAUAUACCCUUAAAUUUGCUAUCCUGCAUUUAAAGUAUUGAUUCCUUUGACUUGCCAUCCAUAAAAGCUUGCUAAAAAUGUUAGGGUUUUUUCCUUAGCCAAAUCAUGCAAUAAUUGAAUGUACCUCAAAUUUUUAAAGGGGGGGGUUGGGUUAGGGACUUCUAUUCAGAUUGUGGAUAACAAAGAAUUCAUGAUGAUUUUUUAAGGUAAUGUAGCAUUCUAAAACAGGGUUAAACUACUAUCAAGAAUAGCCAGCUAAUAACAAAUCUUACUGAUCGAUUGCUGAUUGGUUUGUUAGGGUGUAGAUUGAUGGGUGUGUGUGGGGGUGUGUGUGUGUGGGUGUGUGUGCGUGCACUCUCGUGCAUGCACGUGCAUGCGUGCGUGUGUAUUUUUCCCCCGUGGACUUUUUUUUAAUCCUGUGGCUUUUACGCUUACAACUAACUAACCCUGUAAUUUUCCUGCAUCCAAGAAAACAAUCACAAACAAAAUGGUGGUUUAAAUACUUUGAUAUAUUUGGCUAAUUCUCCACUCUUAACGCAGCCUAUUCGCGUUGGAGUCAAAGUCAGUAAGCAGUACUUUAUAACAUCACUGAGCAGAAACAGACCUAUCCUCAUUGAAGAUGGAGGGCACUUUAUCAGUUGGUAGCAACAAGGUGUUUUGGUAUCUUUGUUUUCACCUCUUGGCAGAAUGCUAUGGAAAGGCUUGGAUUUUACCCUCUAGAAUUUUCACCUUUCCUUUCAAACCUGUGGUAGUUGGCUGUUGCAGAGAGUGCACUGUCCUAUCGUUCCUAAACCUGGUCUGCUCUCUCCCGUCAUCAGGUGUGGAGACCAUGUGCUUCUUUGUACAGUUGAGCCUGCGUUUCUUGUAGUGCAG